UCCCUCGUUAUGAAGUGACCAUCGUGAUUACGGCGCAUCGAGCGAGACGUGUGUUGACACUCAUUGUGGAGGGGCUGGGCUCCAUCUGCAAAGGCGAGCUUUGAUGCGACACAAUCAAUAUUUCUAUUGCAUUUCGAUAAUCGAUCGUGAGUGACACUUGAGUCUCCCAGAGUGUCGGCGCUCGCGUUUCGCGAUGGACGCUCUUCACGUCGAUGUGGAGCGCGCUUCAGUGCACGACCACCUCCCGCUUGCCGGCAAUGACGAUUUGGAGCCAAUCCCGACCGUGGCGCCUCCUCUAUGGACAGACAACAUUCCCAGGACCGAGCAUAAUGCCGUGUUUUUGGACUGCGACUUUGCAUCGACGAGCCUUGGGCCGCUUUGCCGAUGGGGUCCCGCUCUUCGGGCAUAUGCCUCGAUGAUUUUCGCGGACACUCGUCCGGCUUGCAUCUAUUGGGGCCCGGACCGUAUUGCGCUUUACAAUGCCGAAUUUGCGGUUUGCAGUGCGGGAGCUCACCCUGCUCUGAUGGGCCGGGGUUUCAGUGAGGUCUUCGCAGCACUUGCCGAAUCGAUUGGCCCAGUGUUCAAAGAAGCCACAAGAACAGGCCGAGGUCAAGAUCUCGAAAACAUUUUGCUCUUUCCGACCCGGAACGGAUACGUUGAGGAAACUUACUGGACCGGCCAGUUCAUUCCACUGCGCGGCGAGAGUGGCAAUUUUGAGGGCUACUAUAAUACGACCAUUGAGAAAACAUCACAAGUACUGCAAAAGAGACGGCGAGCAGUCGUCGACCAGAUCGCUGCUAUUCCACCGUGUGCUAUGGACCAGACCUUCACUCUGGUGGUCGAAGCUCUUCGUGGAAAUCCGAAUUGUAUUGCAAUGGCAAUGCUUUACUCGUUUGACGAAUUGGAUGCUGGCGAUGUUGAGUAUGUUCGGCUUCGUGGCAGUAUAGGUGUGCCGGAAGGGCAUCCAUGUGCAGUCCAAUCAGCAUGUCUGGAGACCAGUCAGGAAGGCAUGGUUCCAAUUUUCCGCAUGGUGAAAGCAUCCCGAAAGAUGCUUGUCGUUGAUUGCGAGGAUGAAACUACCUUGAUUCCCAGGAGUGUUUUAGAUGGGAUACAGUGGUGCGGUUAUGGCGAGCAAUCCCGAGAAAUUGCCAUCAUGCCCCUGACCAGUGGGGAAACACUGCUGGGGUUUUACGUGCAAGGCCUCAAUCCUCACAGACGAUAUGAUGAAGACUACGGCGCAAGCAUCAUCGACAUGGCGCGACAAAUCGAGGCUAGGUGGAUCGCAGCAUUGUCCUUUGAACGAUCACAGCUGCGCGAACAAGCUCUCGAACGACGCGCAAUCGAUAGUGAGAACCGCCUCAGACACAUGGCGCAGUGCGCACCGUUAGGGAUGGUCCAAAUUACCCCUGAAUUUCGAGUCCAAUGGGCGAAUGACCAAUACGAGGAGAUCACUGGGCACGAUAGUCGCAGCAAUUCUGGUCUCGACGCAUUCCUGGAGCUCGUCGCCGACGAAGACCGGGUCAGGGUCGUUGAAGAACUUCAAUCAGUCUUCAAAGGAGAGACGCGGAGCGUGCUUGAGGUACGCUUGAAGCGCACAUGGACGCCCCCAAUCGAUGUAGGAGAAUCACUCAGAGAUGUUUCUACUUGGAUCCUGGCAUCUAGCUUCCCAUUGAUAGAGAAUGGUAAGGUCAAGCUGAUAAUGGGAUAUUAUAUCGACAUCAGUCACCAGAAAUGGGCGGAGAGUGUACAAGAGCGUAACGCAGCUUCUGCGAUGCUUGACAAGCGCCGCCAAGAAGAGUUUAUCGACACGACUUCUCAUGAGAUGCGAAAUCCUCUGACCGCCAUCACGCAGUUAGCAGAUGGUAUCGCCAGGUGUGAUGACCUGAAUCGUAUGGGGUCUUUGGAGACCUAUCGAAGUAUCGUUCGCGAUAACAUCGACGCGGCCAACACGAUUCUCAUCCUUACGGCGCAUCAGAAGCGGGUGAUUGAUGAUGUCCUCAUCCUAUCAAGACUGGAAUCGCACAUGCUUUCCAUUACACCGGUGCCUGAGUCGGCUAGCAGGGUUGUUGCGAACACGGUCAAGAUGUUCGACGGAGAAGCCGCGAUGAACAACAUACACAUUGAAGUCGUCCGCGACCAAUCGAGCGAUCAUCCUAUGGCUGACUACUUACUCAUCGAUGCAUCGCGCUUGAUGCAGGUAUUGAUCAAUCUGAUUAGCAAUUCAAUCAAGUUCACGUCGACCCAGAGCUUUAAGAAGAUCACAGUGUCCUAUGGCACUCAGACUGUGCGGCCCGUCAUUAUCAGGUCCAAUUUUGGCUCGAUUGUGUGGUGUCCGCCCAAAACAGAAGAGCAACGGCAUAGCGCGUUGCCACCGUUAGAGUUUGGACAGAAAAGUUUGUAUCUCUACUUUUGCGUGCAAGAUACUGGUCCAGGUAUGACCGACGAAGAGAUGCAACGCUUGUUCAAACGAUUCUCGCAAGCAACGUCAAAAAUCCACAUCACGCAUGGCGGCAGCGGCUUGGGUCUCUACAUCUGUCGUGAACUUGCGGAAAAGCAAAGCGGUGGCAUUGGUGUGGCAUCACAACACGGCAUGGGAUCAGCCUUUGGUUUCUAUAUCGAAACUCGAGCACCGAGAAUGGACACUGCUCCCAUCUAUAACUUUCCGGGUCCUCAAACGCCGAAAUUAACUCGGGCGGCCACGGCGCUUCCAUUGACACCACGACAGCCGCGACAGUACAACGUACUCUUGGUAGAGGACAAUAUGUUCAAUCAGAAAAUUCUAGCAAAACAGCUGCGGACCGCCAUGUGUUCUGUGCAGGUUGCCAAUCAUGGUUUGGAAGCUCUACAGAUCCUUGAUCGAUGCGGGCAUUGGUCGAGGAGCGCAGAUCAGGAGAUGCCCGAGGCGUACGGGAAUGCGCCAGCUCAAUCAACGCACUCCCGCGACGGAGCUAUCGACGUCAUCCUACUGGACGUCCAGAUGCCGGUCAUGGAUGGUCUGGAGUGUUGCCGGAUCAUUCGUGAGCGAGAAAGGCAGGAAUUCGAAGACGACCUAGCAGACGGCAUUUUUCAUUUGCGUAGACCGCCUUUACCCAUCAUCGCUACUACAGCCAAUGUGCGCCAGGAGCAAAGGGAUAUGGCGCUCGCUGCAGGCAUGGACAGCGUUUUAAUGAAGCCUUUCACUGCCUCGGAUGUCCUGGAACGAAUACAUGAAAUCCUCUCGAAUCGAGCAUCGACGGCUAUCAUUGCACCCGGCAAUCCCAGGUGA